UGUGAUGAAUGCUCGGAUGGAUACUUUGGAGAUCCUAAGGAAGGCGUUGCUUGCAAGGAAUGCGAAUGUUCUGGAAACAUUGACCCGAACUCGAUUGGGAACUGUGACAAAAUUACCGGUGAAUGCAAGAAAUGUGUUUACAACACUUACGGCUUUAAUUGUGAGAAGUGUAAGCCAGGAUAUUGGGGAGAUGCCCUUCUGGAACCAAAAGGGGAUUUUGCUUUGCACCGGGUACCCGUCGCCCAAAUCACGACUACACAGUUUUGGAAUGCUCUCAAGACAACGGUCAAUGUGAUUGUUUGCCUCACAUCAUUGGUUUCCACUGUGAUCAACCUGAAAUGUGAUCAAUGCUCCCCCUACCAUUUCGGAUUUGGACCUAAUGGAUGUCAACCUUGCGACUGCGAAGUUAUCGGCAGUGAAAGCAGACAGUGUGACGUUAAUACUGGACAAUGCUUGUGUCGCGACCAUAUUGAAGGUCGUCGCUGUGAUCAGUGCGUUGAGAAUCGGUACGACAUCAAUUCUGGAUGUCUUCCGUGUGACGACUGCUACACCUUGAUUCAAACGCGAGUGAACGCCUUCCGCGAAAGUGUCAAACUACUUGACAAUACUCUUAAGGAGAUCAUUGAGAAUCCAGCACCGGUGAACGACACUGCUUUUGACGAUAGAGUGAAACAAGUCGGCAAGGAGGUUCAGGAUCUUGCCGCAACAGUAACACAGAAACUCGAAUCGGAUGAUUCUGUUCUGGUUGGUCAAGUUGCCCAACUGAGAAAGGAUAUAGCAGAUGCCCUCACGAAUGUAAAGAGUGUAGAUGAAAUGAUGAAUGCUGCUCGUGGAAAGGUUGAGCAAACAGAAGUUGGUCUACAACGAUGGAAAAUUAUAAAUGAACAAGCAAGAAAUGAAUUGGAAAAUGCUCUUCAUUACUUGGAAACCGAAGGGAAAACUCAGUGGGAAUUGGCCAAGGAAGCGAGCAAGAAGUAUGGAGAGCAGAGCCAACAAAUGUCAAACCUUGCUCAAAAGACCCGCGAAGAGGCGGACAAGCAUGAACAGCAAUCGAAAGAUAUUGAAAAACUAGCUGAAGAGGCGAAUGCGAACGCAAAGAAAGCACACAAAGAGGCUAGGGAUGCUAUAUAUGGAGGCGAGCAGGUGUCUCAGCAAAUUGCCGAAAUGAAAGAACGACAGGCACAGUUGAACGAGACUCUGAUUAGGACAUUAGAACUGGCUGAGGAACAAAAGAAGGCAGCUGCAGACGCCAACCAAGCAGCCGCUGAAGCACUCACAGCAGUUGAAAGCCUUCGAUUACCUAACUUCGAUCCCCAGCAGUUGAAAGCCGAUGCUAAAGCAAUCAGCGAUGAUGCCAAGGUGGCCAUUGAAAACACCAGAAAGGAAGCGGAAAACAACAAGGAAGUGCUUGAGCAGGCGGCUCGCGCUGCCGCCGAAGCCAGAAAUGAGCUGCAAAGUGCAGAGGACCAGCAACAGAUUUCUGAUGCUCUCCUUGCUGACGUCGAUGCUGCUAGAGCCCGUGCUGAUGCUGCCUUAAAGGUAGCUGAAAAUACGCUGAAGGAUGCAGAGCGAACUUUGGAAACUUUGAAUGAAUUCAAUGAACGAGUGGAAAAGUCUAAAGCUGCUGCGGUGGAGCAACUUGGCAAACUAACAGAGAUCGACGAAGCUAUAAAAAAGGCCGAACAAGUCACCAGCGAAGCUGAAAAUGCAAUUGGAUCAGCUGCCGCGGAUGCUGCUCAGGCAAAGGAGCUCGCACAGCAGGCUGGCGAAGAUGCUAAAGUCGUUAACGAGAAAGCCAAUGCUUUCCAAAAUAUGACUAUGCAAACGAGGAAGUCGGCAGAAACUCUGAAUGCUGACGUAGAUCAAUUGAUGGAGGAGUUAACAGAGACUAAUUCGACUCUGGAUAGCUAUAAAACUCAAGCAGAGACGGAUAAGCAGAUGGCAACAGAGCUAGAGAUGCCAAUGCUACUAUUGCUGGAGAAGCAGACCAAAUUAAGAAAAUUAUUGAUCGUCUUAGUAGAUGCACUUGAGUCUGUAAACAACGCCGAACUUGAUGAGUUGGAAACAGAGCUCGACAGCUUGGACCAACUUCUGACUCAAGCGGACAUUGAAAGUCAGGUCCCUCAACAUAAAAUGUCGAAAACAGAAGAGGAUAGGCGCAUAACGCAAAUAAAAAAUGAGAUCGACUUUCUUUCAAAAGAGGUUCGAAAUUUGGAAGAAAUUCGGGAUGCGUUACCAACUAAGUGCUAUAACUUGGUGAAAUUGGAACAAGAAGGCCAGAAGUGA